AGAAGAUCAAGAAAUACUUACCCACAAAAUGGCGCCACAUCUUCCACAAUCGACGCUUGAUUCCUGGAGAGCGUCGCUGGGUGCGACUGCCCAUCAUUCCAGCGGUACGAAGAAUCCGAUCGCUGCAUGGCCGUCAGGAGGAGACUUCUGGGGGUGGUUUUCUCAGUACCUCCCGCAAAAUGGAGUUUCGAAAACUCAUGCUUCCGUCUUCGCAUUCUAUAUUGCGAUGUCCUGCGCUGGGCCACUGCUUAUCAAGCUCUCCGAAUCCACAAAUAGGAGCUUGGACUACAAUCCUGCUGCGGCGGUCUUGUGUAUCGAGGUUGUAAAAUUGACCGUCGCCUACGUCGCUGAUAUCCGGAACAUACCAUUCGGCUUCUUUGCCGCGACUAGUGUUGGGACGUCUGUUCCUGUUGAGAAGCAAGGUGGUGGAUCGAAAGCAGAUGUUGCUUGGAAUCAAUGGGCGCUCUACGCCGUCCCGUCGCUGCUGUAUUGAGUAAUGCUUUUGUUCUUUCACAAUAUUGAAAUUUGCUUGUUUGUAGUAGAACGAAGAAACAAUUGAAGAACAACGUGGACUAUCUCUAGUCUAGUUCUUGGUGAUAGUAUAAUAAGUUAGCUUGCUUUUACGACUCCUGCUUACAUCAAGACACCAUGACGCACUCCACAAGGUAUGCCAUCGUAAACAACUUGCAAUUCUUCGCCAUUUCCGGUCUCGGUGCUCACUAUUUUGCGUUGUUUUCAACCGGUAAGAUCUUCUGUGCCGCCAUAGCAGCUAGGAUUUUGCUCGGAAAACGCCUCAAUGAAAUCCAAUGGACCGCACUUCUUCUGCUCGUUUGCUCACUGUGCGUGGCAAGAGAGGGAAGAACGCCAAGACCCGUAACUGUAACAUCUUCAAGCGGAAAUGUUGUGGGAACUGCUUCAACGGAAACUAGUAACCCUUUUGUGAACCCUGAUGUAGCACAACCCAGUCCCCUUUCUUCUUCUUCGGGCGAUAUGCAGCAGGUCAAACCGGGGGAAACGGUUGCGUCCAUGGACGACGUGCAUCAUCACAGCUCCACACUAGAGGAUCGCGGAUUGAGAUUCGCGUUCGGUUUUGCCUGCGUUUGUGUCACCUGUGUGCUUUCGGGCCUAACCGGUGUUGUCAAUGUUAAGCAAUGAAAGCAGGUUAGUUAGUUUUAGUAGAGCAUGAUGAGGCACAACAGACACCCUAACCCUAAAGUUAGUUUCAGUAGAGCAUGAUGAGGCACAGCAGACACCCUAACCCUAAGCCCUUCUCGUGGGUGCACUCUCUCGUGAUGUGCACUCAUGACGCAGACUUGCCUAGGCGUGUCGCUGCAACCACAUCUGUUUCACCUGUAAAAAAAGAUACAUAUUUAUAUACCACUUACCUCUAACACCAAGUUCUUGUUGAAACGAAUCGACGGACGACAUUCGCUGUGGCGCAAAUCCAUGUGGACCUAUCAGUGGGGAUGUGUCUUCAACGCUGUUGCGUGCUUCGUUUUCCUGAAUUCGGAACGUGGCCUCUUCGACGGAUUCAGUCUGCCUGUGAUGCUGUAUAUUGUGCUGGUAUGAUGUAUAUUGUGCUGUUUUUACAAGGACGAGAUGUAGUAAGUAGAAAUUAGCCAAACUCUAGUAUAUAAUGACGACUUGAAUUGAUAUACGUAACUGGAUCAUUGUUUUCAAGUAGUUCUUGAUUAGCAGCUGACAACUACUGCAUCUACAUACUACACUUUGUUCUAACACGAAAAGCCGGCGAAGGCCUUGGUGCGGGUUUCCUCCUUUCUUUCUUCGAUACUAUCGUGAAGGGCUUUGCGAGUAGCUUGCAAGUGCUGGUGGUUUCCCUGUUGAGCUGGAUGCUGUUCGACGAGACCGUGUUGGAUGGCAAUUUCUUUCUGGCGCUGGUGAUCUUCUUCGCUGCGAGCUUUUUAUAUUCCGGAAGACAUAAUGAGGACAUAAUGAGGGGGCACAGCAAUCAGCAUUCUGCUGGAGUAGAGAUGAAAAAUGGUAGUAAUGCAGGAGCAAAUCUCCGUGGUAGAACGAGUAGCUCUUCUACAAAUUUUGGCGCCGGAGGACGCGCGUCUGGGUCAACAAGUAGUAGUAGUAGUCUUCGAGGUGCUGUUACGGGUCAAACUGGUAAAGACGCUGGUGACGAAGACGGCCGUCGUGCUACUGGUCGUGCUACUUCCUUCUCCGCCGUAGGUGUGAACAGUGAAAUCCAGAAUAGAAACAGUGAAAUCGUAGGUGUGAACAGUGAUGGCACCUCAAUCGGGUCAUCAUCUUCUUAUCCGGAGAAUAGAUCAAGCGCAGGUACUGAAAUGCAAAAUCUCCGUAGAAGUACAGGGACCAGUAGUGGAAGAGAAUCUUCUGGUGGAGUUCAUGAAGAAAAGCCAGAUCUUAGAUUCGACAAUAUUUCCAGCACUGUUGCCGAAGAUAGUACAGUGGUUUUAGUCAACAUGCAAGAGGACUUGCCUGCGUCCGGUGCUGAUAUAAUACCAAGCUUGCCUCCCUCUAGGAGUGCGGAACUAGUACGGAGCACCACGAGUAGAGCAGCCGAUAUCAUGAAGAAGAAAAAGAGGAGAGACUUAGACACUAGCAAAGGAGACGCGGAGCUUUUCGCAGAGUUCUUUGCAGAGGACGCGGCUGGGGAAGAGGAUCCAAACUCUGUGAUCCACCUACCGAAUUUCGGUGCUUCCUUGGGGCCUGAUGAAGAGAACUACGUCGAUAAUGAUGUGGAUGUUGUUGAUAGGGUUUGAGAGGUCAUCAUGAACGAUGGCAACAGGGACAACAGCAUGCAUGGCUGCCUCUUUCUAGAUAGAGUCACUGGGCAGUCGUGUGCCGGAAGCAAAUGGGCUUGUCGUGCAUUUGGAGUUUUGUUGAACUCAGUUAGCUUUAUUGAUUUACAGCUGUCAUGGUCAAGUACGUAUCUUAUCCACUGUCACUGUAAGUGGAUGGAUCUUUUGAAAUCUCUGUCAUGAUCAUCUGAGUUGAUCU